AUGACUGGACCUGUUAUUCCAUUUGGUAAAGAAUUUCGUGAGAAAUAUUUCACAUUACUUGAUCCAAAAGUCUACCCCGUAAAUCAUGGAUCUUUUGGCUUAGUACCUACUCCAGUAUAUGAAAAAUACAUAGGAGCAAUUGCUGGACAUUAUACUUAUCCUGAUAAAUUCUAUCUUCAUCAACGUGAAACAUAUAUAAAACCGUUGAAGGAAUUUAGUAGAAUUGUGAACUGUGAUUAUAGAAAUCUUGCCUUUGUUGAUAAUGUCACCACUGGGAUUAAUACUGUGUUAAGAAGUUAUCCAUUUAAAAAGGGGGAUAAGACUGUUAUUCAAAGUACUGUAUAUGGUGCUUGUGGGAAUACUGUCAAAUUCUUGCAGGAUAGAUAUGGAAUUGAAUGUAUUGAAGUUCCAUUGAAUUAUCCUAUUUCUGAUAAAGAGAUCUUAGAUAAAUUUUAA